AUGUCUGUUUUCCAAUUAUCAAGGAGAAGGACAAAUGAAGAUCAUGAUGAAGAUCCUAAACAUAGUGCUGUCAAUUCACCUAAACGACCACCAUUAUCGUCGACAUCUUCAACUAAUACAAAUUCAAAUGGUAGGAAUGAUAUUUUCCGAUCCACAAAGGGGAAUAAUCGAACAACUGAUGAUGAUGAUGACAAUGACUAUGAUGAUCAUGAGUUUGAUCAUCAUAAUCCUGAAAGUCCAACUUGGAAUUUCAGUGAACUUUUAAUAGGAUUGGGUUCAAAUAGAGAUAGAGAUGAGUAUCAUAUUGUAUCUCAAGGGAAUGAUCUUAUCUUAUUAUUAAAAACAUACCCCAACUUAAAGAAUGAUGUAUUGCUUAAGAAUUUAAUUAAUAAGAUUCAAUUCAUGUUUUAUCAUAAAGUAAGUGAGAUUAGAAGUAUUGGAUAUAAAAUCCUUCGAUAUGUAAUCACUAAUUUUGAAAGUUUAUUAACUUUAGUUCAAUCUAAAAUAUUAAUCUUUAUUAUUGUGACUUUAUCAACUACUAGAUCAUCCAUAAUUGAAAAAGAACAAGCUUUAAAAUUAAUUCGUGAAUUCUUAGCUAUAGAAAGAGGAAGCGAAUUAUUAUCAAUUGGAGUUAUUAAAGCUUUGAUUGGGAUUAUUGAAUGUAAUAAUGAACAUUUGAAUCAAUUGACCAAUCCUGAUAAGAAUGAAGUAAAUUUCAUGGCGAAUGAUAAUAAUAACGCCAACAACAACAACAAUAAUGGCCCAGGCAUAAGUUUAGAAACUAAUGAUUAUUAUCAAUCACCUCAAUUCAUCCCAGAUGGGUUUAAAAACGUUUGUAUUGAAACUAUUUGUGAAAUAACUUUAUUGAAUCCUGAAUUGGUGUUUCAUAGUGGUGGAUUUAAAAUCAUAUUACAUACUAUUAUCGAAGGGAAUUUUGAAAUGUCAACCGCAUGUCUUAUUAUAUUGUUCAAGACGUUGGAUUAUAAGAAUAAUCGAAAGUUUUUAAGAAAUGGAUUUGAUUUGAAUUCCAUGAUAUCAAUAUUUUCAAAUGAAUUAGCGGGCGAGGCUCCGGUUAAUUCAGGGAAUAAUGCAAAUUUGGCAUCAGCGAUAAAGCAGAAGAAAUUGAAUAAUUCUAAAUUACAAAAGAUUUCAUUUUUAAUAACGUUGUUAUUAAAGAAUUUCAAUGGAUUAAUGGCAUUUUCAAUAAAUGAUUUCGAAGCUUUACAUGAUUUAAUUAUAAAUCUUCGAAAGAAAGAUUCAAAAGUAAGAGGUUAUAUUUUAGAUAUUUUAUUUGAUGUUUUAAGAAUCAAGAGUUUACCUUGGUUAGCUUCUACAAGUAUAGGAGAAAAUAUUAAACGAUUUAAUAGUUAUAUUAAUCCUAUCACGAAUGAAAGUAAAGAAACUAGUUUCCAAUAUCAAGAAUUGAAUAAAUCAGUUAAUGAAUUUGAAUAUAAUUUAAUUAAUCAUUAUCGAGGAUUAUUAACUUUAAUUUUAAUUAAAACUAAUAUAUUCCAAUAUUUAAUUGAAAUCAUUGAACAAAACUUAGACGCCAAUAAUUCAUCAAAAGCUGCUAUAUUAUUAACCAAUAUCUAUGCUAUGGCCAAUAAUUUAUUACCUUCUGAAUUAAUCAAUAAAGAUUUAAUGUUACCUAAAUUCUCCAGUUUAUCAUCAUCAUUUGAAUUUGAAAAGUAUACUAGAAUUAAAUUCCAACCUUCUACUAAAUAUAAUCAGGGGUUAAAGAGUUAUAUUAAAUCGAUCAAUCUUAAAUCUCGAUAUAAUAUUGAUGAUUCUGAAUUCAAAACUUUAAUUAAUAAUACUAAAGUGUUGAAUAUCAAAGAAUUUGAAGAAUGGAAUUGGAAAAUCUUAUCGAAUUUAAUGCAAGGACCAUUAUUAAAUCCCAAAAGAUUUGAUGAAAUUCUUGAAAAGAAUCCUAAGUUUUUAAAGAGAUUGAUUUCAUUUUAUCGACCAUUUAAGUUCCGGUUUUGUAAUAUCCCUAUUGGAGGAAAACAAAGUUCAAUAUAUAUUAAUGUUGGAGUCCAGUUAUUUGAAUUAUUAUUAAGUUUGGAUAGUGGGAUCAAAUAUUUAUCCAGUUCAAAAAUCUUACCUCAAUUAUCAGAAAUCUUUGCUCAAAUCGAUCCCUAUAGUGGAAUUGAAAGUAAAGAUCCUAUUUUAUCUAAAACUCGAUUGGAAACUACUUGUAGUUUAGGAUAUCUUAAAUUCAUUGGAAUGUUAAGUUCGAAGCCAAUUGGAGUUAAAUUAUUAGAACAAUGGCAGUUUUUCAAUUUAAUCUUGAAUAUCAUUGAAACUUCAUCACAUUCAGAACAAAAUAAUAAUCUUAUUGUGACAUUAUUUAAAUAUAUCGAUUUCUCCAAGGAUAAUCAAUUUAGAAUCUUACUUUUACAAAGUUUUAAAGUAUCAAAUUUUAAAAUCAAACAUUAUUAUUUAUCUCAUUUAAUCCCUAAUUUAUUAAAGAUUAAAGAAUGUCAUUUAUUUGUGUUGAAGUUAUUAGUGAAUAAUUUAUAUGACGAUAAUGAAAUUUAUGAAGAGAAUGAAUCAAUUAUAUUUGAAUCGAUCAAUCUUUUAAAUAAUUAUUUCAAUGAUUUAGAAAAUUUAGAUAAUUUAAAUUAUUUCAUUCGAUUAAGACCUUCGAUCUUAAUAUUGAAUUCAUAUGUUAGUGGGAAACGAUUAUUAUCGAAUUGUUUAAAGACAUCAAGUGGAUUUAGAUAUUUAGAAGAAUUUGGGUUUAUUGAUAAUGAAUUUUUAAAAUGGAUUAAGAUGGAUGAUUUUAAAUAUCUUUAUAAGAUUGAAAUGUUAAUCUAUGGUAAUUUAUUCCCUUAUGUGUCGAUAACAACUCAAGAUGAUGAUUAUUAUUCGAUUAAUUUCUUUAAGUACUUAUUAUCUACCGAAGAGGGAUUGAAUUAUUUCACUAGUUUUAAUCAUAAGAAUUUCAUCAAUCAAUUAAUUCAAGAAACUGAAUUCAUCGCUCAUAAAUUAAUUGAUGAUGAUGAAUUCGUCGAUAAUUUUGAAAACAAUUUCAAUGAUAAACAAGACCAAGAUAAAAAUCUAGUAUUAUUAAAUACUUUAAAGCAGAAUUUAUGGAUCAUUGGAAAUAUAGCUAGUGGAACAUUUGGGAUUCAAUUAUUAUUAAAUAAUGCCAUGUAUACUGGUGAAAUCGAUACUUCAAUCAUUACUACUAUCUUAAACUUAUUUAAAUUUUGUCCUAUUUGGCAAAUUAGAAGUAUUAGUUUUUAUGUAUUAGGAAUGAUAUCAUCUACAGAAGAAGGAAUUGAAAUUUUAGAUGAAUUGAAUUGGAUUACCGUAUUUGAUCAAUAUUCUCAGAGUAAAAGUUUAUGUUAUCCAAAGGAUGAUAUUUUAAGUGUAUUUAACAUUGAAAUAUCAAAUCCUUAUCGAACUAAUGCAUAUUAUGCCAUCAAUAAUAGUACAUUUGCUGGGAUUAAUGCUAAUGAUCUAUGGAUUUCAAGUCGAAAUGGAUCUGUUUCAGUGGAUGUAUUAUUGAAUGAAAAUGCUAUUGCUAGUAGUGUGAAUGGUAAUGGAUCAGUCACUGGCAAUGCAUUAGCUACAUCAUCUGUCAACAAUAAUGACGAUAAUAAUAAUGAACCUGGUUCACCUAAUGCAUCAAGAGAAAAUAUUAUCCUUUUUGAUACGAAUGAAAUCAUUAAUAAUAGAAUUAUUUACUUAUUGCAACGAUUGAAUGCUGUGAUUGGUAAACUCGAAAGGAAAGCCACUAAAGAAUUAAUUAAAUUAAAGAGAACAUCACCGGAAAUAUUUGAUAAUUUACAAUUAUUCCUUGAAGUUAUAAAACUUAUUGAUAAAGAUAUUUAUAAAUUUGAAAAGAGGAAAUUUAUAUUUGAUUUAUUUCUUGAUACAAAAGUAUUAGAAACUUUACUUAAACGUGAACGGAAGAACUCUAUGAAAGUAUAG